AUGUCUCACAGUGUCUGGAUCCCUUAUGCUCAAUCACCAACACAGAACCUUCAAUCUGCUCCUCCGGUUGCCUACAAUAGCACCGCCAUGUUCUACGUGACAAAGUUUAGUCAUGCUUGUCCAGUGGUGCAACAAACGCCGCUUCCAGCUGGCAGUGCGAGGAAAACGUCGAAUGUGAACUUGACCGCACCUGGACAAUACGUGGCCGCAGCAAACGGCGAAAUCGGCAUUACCGUUGGCGAAGACUGCUUGUCUGUCAAUGGCUGGACGAAGCCUCAGAACAGUUCAUCACUCAAACCCGUGAUGGUCUGGGUGUAUGGAGCUGCUUUCACAUCUGGCAACUCGAACAAUCCCCUGUACAAUGGUCAGUAUCUGGCCGAUCGAGAAGAUGUGGUCGUGGUCAACUUCAAGUAUUUUGGUAACAGUCAUGGGAUAAGGAGUGCCCCAGCUAAAUCCAAACGCAGCUAUCGGACCAAUAUAUUCGGAUUUCCUGGUAUACCAGCCGGAACCGAGAGUCAAAACGUCGGUCUCCUCCACCAGCGACUUGCUACCGAAUGA